UGCGUGUGCUUGGAUCAUCAGCGACUGAGUCGAUCCAAUGAGGUGACGCCGCGUUCUGGGCCCCACUGAAGAAGGGAAGCCGGUGGUGAACUACCUUGUAGCAACUCACGAAGGCAUAUACCUUCCAAAUUGCCUCGAAGUGGUUGUUUAAUAGCAGAAGAAACGCGAAAGGAAGUAUACACUGAAGAAAGAUCGUCAUGGUUGAAAGAAACUUUCCAUUGGCUGCUGUCUUUUGCCUGGUUCUAUCAAUGUUCCCUUAUCACAUAGGUUCUGUGGCUGUCAUGUCAAUAGAUGUUGGAAGUGAGUGGCUGAAGAUGGCAAUCGUUAAACCUGGUGUCCCAAUGGAAAUUGUUCUAAACAAGGAGUCGAGGAGGAAAACACCCGCAGCUGUAUGCCUCAAGGAAAAUGAAAGACUUUUCGGUGACAAUGCUUUGGGAGUGUCUGUGAAGAACCCUAAAACCGUCUAUCGACACCUGCGAAAUCUCAUGGGAAAGAAACACGACAACCUACAAGUAACACUUUACCGGAAACAGUUUCCUGAGCACCAACUGCAAGUCGACCCAGUUCGAGAGACGGUUUACUUCAAAGCUUCAGAGAAAUUGCAGUACACACCAGAAGAGCUUCUUGGGAUGAUGCUCAAUUAUUCUCGUGGACUGGCUCAGGACUUUGCAGAACAGCCAAUCAAAGAUGCAGUUAUCACCGUUCCAGCCUUUUUUAAUCAGGCAGAACGAAGGUCAUUCCUGCAUGCUGCGCAUAUGGCAGGUCUGAAGGUUCUUCAGCUCAUCAAUGACAACACAGCCGUGGCCUUGAAUUAUGGAGUCUUUAGAAGGAAGGAUAUUGACAGCACUGGGAAGAAUGUGAUGUUUUAUGAUAUGGGCUCAGGCAGCACAACUGCUACCAUUGUCACAUAUCAGACAGUGAAAACAAAGGAGUCUGGCACCCAGCCCCAGUUGCAGAUUCGAGGUGUUGGGUUUGAUCGUGGGUUGGGUGGGUUUGAGAUGGAUUUACGCCUCCGGGACCAUUUGGUUAGACGUUUCAACGAGCAGAAGAAAACCUCAAAAGAUGUGAGAGAGAACCACCGUGCUAUGGCUAAGUUACUCAAGGAGGCGCAGAGGCUCAAGACAGUGCUGAGUGCCAACAUAGAAUUCAUGGCCCAGGUCGAAGGUUUAAUUGAUGAAAUUGACUUCAAGGCUAAGGUCACCAGAGCAGAGUUUGAAGAGCUAUGUGCUGAUCUAUUUGAAAGAGUGCCUCGCCCGGUGCAGGAUGCCCUCACUGCUUCAGAAAUGAACCUGGAUGAAAUUGAACAAGUGAUUUUAGUCGGUGGCUCUACCCGUGUCCCCAAGGUUCAGGAAGUGCUGCUGAAAGCAGUGGGGAAAGAGGAGUUGGGAAAAAAUCUCAAUGCAGAUGAGGCAGCAGCCAUGGGAGCAGUUUAUCAGGCUGCUGUUCUAAGUAAGGCUUUCAAAGUCAUGCCAUUCCUGGUCCGUGAUGCAGCAGUUUUCCCCAUUCAGGUUGAGUUCACUCGAGAGGUUGAGGAAGAUGCCGCCAAAGCUUUGAAACACAACAAACGUAUCCUCUUUCAGAGGAUGGCACCCUACCCACAGCGAAAGGUUAUCACAUUCAACCGCUACAAUGACGACUUUGCUUUCAAUAUAAACUAUGGAGAUCUCAGCUUCCUGUCGCAGGAAGAUCUCAGCAUGUUUGGUUCUCUCAAUCUGACAACUGUCAAUUUGUCUGGAGUGGGUACCAGCUUUCAAAAGCACAGUCAGGCAGAGUCUAAGGGCAUCAAGGCUCACUUCAAUAUGGAUGAAAGUGGAAUUCUCCUACUGGAUAGGGUAGAGUCUGUUUUUGAAACUGCUGUCGAGGAGAAGGAAGAAGAAUCUACAUUAACCAAACUGGGUAACACGAUUUCCACAUUGUUUGGAGGAGGAUCCGCAAAUGUGACCAAACCAGUCCAGGAUGAGGGAGAUGAAGCUGUAAAAGAGGAGAAGGAGGAGAGUAAAAAGGAUGAUACCCAGAACGGGGAGCGUACCACAGAGGGCUCUGAGAAAAGUACCAUGGAAGAGAAAAACCAGGAGGAGAUAGAAGACGCAAGCCCCUUGUCGGAUGUGAAGGAGGAAAAGAACACUGAAAAGAAAUCCAAGGCAGAGAAGGAUGAUGAAAACGUCGCUAAACAUUUGAAAAAGACAAAGAUCUCCGAAGACAUUGCGAUUGAGCUCAUCCUCAAUGAUGUCUUGGAUCCCACGGCUAAUGACCUUAAUGCUUCCAAAAAGAAGUUGCUAGAUUUGACAGAUCGAGACAUGGCCAAGCAAGAGAGGGAAAAAAUGCUCAACAGCCUAGAAGCUUUUAUCUUUGAAACUCAGGACAAGUUAUACCAGGAGAAUUACCAGCUGGUGCUGACAGAAGAGGAGAGGGAACAGAUUUCAUCAAAGCUAAAUGAAGCGUCGGUGUGGAUGGAUGAUGAAGGCUACUCUGCCACCACCAAUCAGCUAAAGGAAAAGCUUUCACAGCUCAAGCAUAUGUGCAAGGAUAUGUUUUUCAGAGUGGAAGAGCAACAGAAAUGGCCUGAUCGCCUUGCUGCACUGGACAGUAUGCUCAACACCUCCAGCAUCUUUUUGCGGAGUGCGAGACUAAUUCCAGAGGAUGAUCAAAUAUUUUCCGAAGUUGAGCUGAAUAUGUUAGAAAAAGUGAUAAAUGAGACAAAGACAUGGAGGAAUGAGUCCGCCGCCAAGCAGGAGAAACAUUCUCCCAAAGACCAUCCAGUCAUCCUCUCAAAAGACAUUGAAGCAAAGCUUUCCCUGCUGGACAGAGAAGUCAACUAUCUGCUCAAUAAGGCAAAGUUUGCCAAACCGAAGUCUAAAGCCAAGGCCAAGAAUACCACCAGCUCCGACAAAAGCACCUCAGCCAACAGCACAGCUGAACAGAAAGUAAUCCCUCCUACAAAGGAGAGCACUGAAACAAUCAAUGAAAGCCUAGAAGACAAGCUGCCAGGUGAUGACACGCCCACAGAGGAAAGCACUGCUCAGAUAGAAUCUGACAGCCAAUCACUGCUCACUGAAGAAUCAGAAACAGGAACUGAGAAAGCCAGAUCUGAAAACCACAUAGAAGAUGAAUUAUAACUGGAAUUGGAAAAAUAGUCACACUAUUUAUUGAAGUGUAAAUGUUAAUUUUUUUUUUUUUCAUUUUUGUAAUAUCCAUUUGUUGAACAGAUUGGUUUAGCUGGAGAUGUCCUUUUUUUCACUUCUGUCUCAACAGCAUAGACUUCACAUUGCGAUGAAGAAAUUGAAUUAACAGCAUUUUUUGUUUUAGUGAGGUUUUUUUUUUUUCAUCUGCACUGUAUUUUUAUCCAUAUCGUUGUCAUAUGCUGACACCGAUGGUGAACCCUUUCGACAGCCCAACGUGCUAAAAAAUAAAGUUGUAAAAUUUCA